CUCGCUUCGCUCGCUUUGUAAAAAAUAGAUUGAACAGAUGGUUCUUGUGUGGGAGUGCAUGAGACCAAACAAUCACGAGCGACGCUGAUUAUUUUCGUUAAAAAAUAAGACUUGAAUCAGCGGUGACGUCUGAAAAGUGCAAAGUGAAAAGUAAAAAAUAGCGUCUGUUGUGAAGUAAGUUACAUAAUCUUAAUAAUAAAUAUUCCAAUAACUAUUCAAUUACAGUUAUAUCGUUCUUUUGUUAGCAGUGCGAUACACAAUAGUGUGAAACUAAUCUUCAAGCAUCGUUCAAUCGUCUAAGCACGAUCGACAUCUGUCUUUUCAUUAACUCCGGGCUCAGAACCGUUCACCAUGUCUAAGAUCGGAAUCAACGGCUUUGGGCGUAUCGGCCGCCUGGUGCUGAGGGUGGCUGUCGAAAAGGGUGCUCAGGUCGUUGCCAUCAACGAUCCGUUCAUCACUCUGGACUACAUGAUCUACAUGUUCAAGUACGACUCCACCCACAGCCGCUUCAAGGGAGAGGUCAAGAUCGACGGCGAGUACCUCGUCGUGAACGGAAUGCGCAUCGCCGUGUUCAACGAGAUGAAGCCGACGGAGAUUCCGUGGUCGAAGGCGGGUGCCGAGUACGUGGUCGAGUCCACCGGCGUGUUCACCACCGUCGAGAAGGCCAGCGCGCACCUGGAGGGCGGCGCCAAAAAGGUGGUCAUCUCGGCGCCCUCGGCCGACGCGCCCAUGUUCGUCGUCGGCGUCAACCUGGACGCCUACAAGCCCGACAUGAAGGUGGUCUCGAACGCCUCGUGCACGACCAACUGCCUGGCACCGCUGGCCAAGGUGAUCCACGACAACUUCACCAUCGUGGAGGGCCUGAUGACCACCGUGCACUCGACCACGGCCACCCAGAAGACGGUGGACGGACCCAGCGGAAAGAGCUGGCGUGACGGCCGCGGCGCUGGCCAGAACAUCAUCCCGGCGGCCACCGGCGCCGCCAAGGCCGUCGGCAAGGUGAUCCCCGACCUGAACGGCAAGCUGACCGGCAUGGCGUUCCGUGUGCCCACGCCGGACGUCUCGGUGGUGGACCUGACGUGCCGGCUCGGCCAGGAGGCCACCAUGGACGACAUCAAGGCCAAGAUCCGCGCGGCCGCAGAGGGACCGCUGAAAGGCAUCCUGGGCUACACCGAGGACGAGGUGGUGUCUCAGGACUUCCUCGGCGACUCCCACUCGAGCAUCUUUGACGCCAAGGCCUGCAUCCAGCUGAGCGGCACGUUCGUGAAGCUCAUCUCUUGGUACGACAACGAGUGGGGCUACUCCAACCGUGUGGUGGACCUCAUCAAGUUCAUGCAGACCAAGGACAAGUAAGCCGCAGACGGGCCAGCAAGCGACUGCGCCCUCUGCAUCUAACAACCUGUGCGCUGGACGCUAUCUAACACUCGGUGUGGUAGCUUGGUGUUAACUAACACAUUUUAGGACGGUUGCGGUGCAUGGACUGACGCUUCAUAGACAGUAGUUGUGUUAAAUUGAUGAUGUUGGUUAAUAUAGGAUUCUGUUGAA